UACUUCUAUGAGUUCCUGUCUUUGCGCUCUUUGGAUAAAGACAUAAUGGCUGAUCCGACUAUAAAUAUCCCUCUGCUUGGAACAGUUCCUCAUAAAGCAUCAGUCGUUCAGGUUGGAUUUCCCUGCCUUGGAAAACAAGAUGGAGUUGCUGCAUUUGAAGUGAAUGUGAUCAUAAUGAAUUCAGAAGGCAAUAUUAUUCUCCAGACCCCUCAAAACGCCAUCUUCUUUAAAACCUGUCAGCAAGCGGAGUGUCCUGGAGGAUGCAGAAAUGGAGGGGUUUGCAAUGAAAGACAUGUCUGUGAAUGUCCAGAUGGAUUUUACGGGCCUCACUGUGAGAAAGCGCUGUGUGCUCCUCGCUGCAUGAACGGUGGGCUCUGCAUCACACCCGGCCUCUGCAUCUGCCCCCCGGGCUUCUACGGCAUCAACUGUGACAAAGCAAACUGUACAGCAACCUGUUUCAAUGGAGGAACGUGUUUCUAUCUGGGAAAAUGCAUUUGUCCUUCGGGCUAUGAAGGAGACCAAUGUGAAAUUAGUAAAUGCCACCAGCCCUGUCGAAAUGGAGGCAAAUGUACCGGUAAGAAUAAAUGCAAGUGCUCCAAAGGCUACCAGGGAGACCUGUGUUCAAAGCCUGUCUGCGAACCCGGCUGUGGCCCGUACGGUACCUGCACUGAGCCCAACAAAUGCCAGUGCAAAGACGGCUGGCACGGGAGACACUGCAAUAAGAGGUAUGGAGCCAGCAGUCUGAGCGCCCUGAGGCCAGCCGGCAGCAAGCGCAGGCAGCACACACCUUCGCGGAAAAAGGCCGAGGAGAGGCAUGUUCCACCUGAAUCCAAUUAUAUCUGGUGAACUCCAACAUGUGAAACGGUUCGUGUUACACAGAGUUCAUAGCCUUCAUUAACCUCUCGUGGAUUGAAUGUUAGAACGCUGUUCAUUACAGUUAAGAUUACUGGCUGGAAUUUUAUUAGCUUCAUUAUAAGCCACUGAGCUGAUAUUUACUAUUCCUUUUAAGUUUUAUAAAUACUUCUAUAGCAUGAUUAUAUAGGCUGCUUGUUUCAGUGCUUUGGAUGGUAUUUGGUACUAUACUUCAGUUGUGUUUAAACUUCCUUUUUUGAUUAUAUAGCUGCAAAUAUUUUCCAAAAAUUAAGUAACAGUAUUCAAGCAGAAAUCCUCAUAGAUGCUAACCUGAAUCAUUUCAAUGGCUACAGAUUUAAUUUGCCUGAGACAAAGGAAAGGAGCCUUUUACAUUUUAGUCAUUGUGCAUUUAGGCUUUUCCCUAGGAAAACUACAUAAAAUAAAUAAGUUGCCUAAUUUAAAAACUGAGUAACUCAAUUCAGUGUUAUUUUUGGCUUUACAGUUUUGCAGAGUACUGUGUAUUAAAAAUACACUGCAGUGGUGCCAUUUAACCAACAUAAUAUAUUGUGAACAAAGUAGAACUAUAAUGUAUGAACUUUCUGCAUCAGCUUGAAGCAAUAUAAUAUAUUGUAAACAGAACAGCUCUUAUGUAAUAAACUUUUUAUACUAACGGCUAUGUAUAAAAUAAAGAUGCUGCUUUAGUUUUUCGA